CCUAGUAAAAACUUCUUGUUUUUUCCCGAAACUCUGUCCUCUUUUUAUUUUAAAAUAGGACAAAAACAAAAAAACAGAAAAGAAUAAUGGGGGAGAUAAAUAAGCGGAAGAAAAGCAGUCACAGGUUUGCGUUACCAGCAUCAGCAUCGACGCCAAAAGAAGCAGAAAACUUUAGCUAUGGUACUCCAUUCCUGCCUCACCGGAACAACCUUCCAUUCCCUCAGAACCCUAACCUUCCGUCUAUUACCUUACUAUCCUCGUCCUCUCCUCCCUCUUGCCAUUAGAUCCCUUUCUACUUCCGCCGCCGCCGUUACACAUGAAAAUCAAGUGGUGAAGCCUCAAUGGAAAGCGGCAAUUGAUUUCAAGUGGAUAAGAGAUAAUAAGGACUCCGUUGCCCUUAAUAUUAAGAAUAGGAACUCUAAUGCUAAUCUGGAGCUUGUUGUUCAGCUUUAUGACAAGUUGCUCAAUGUUCAGAAGGAGGUUGAAAAGCUACGAGCAGAGAGAAAUGCAGUCGCAAACAAGAUGAAAGGAAAACUAGAACCCUCAGAGCGCCAGAAGCUCAUUGAAGAAGGUAAGAAUCUGAAGGAAGAACUUGUUACUUUGGAAGAAGAACUGCUAAAACUUACAGAUGAGCUACAGCAAGAAGCACAAUCCAUACCUAAUAUGACACAUCCAGAUGUUCCAUUAGGAGGGGAAGAUUCUUCAACAGUCAGGAAAAUGGUUGGUAAGCCUGCUGAGUUUAGCUUUCCUGUUAAGGACCACGUCCAACUGGGGAAAGAGCUAGAUUUGUUCGAUUUUGAUGCUGCAGCUGAGGUCAGUGGGUCCAAAUUCUAUUACUUGAAAAAUGAAGCAGUUCUUUUAGAGAUGGGUCUUGUAAAUUGGGCAGUUUCAGAGGCCAUGAAAAGAGGUUUUACACCUCUGACAACUCCUGAGAUUGUACGGUCAUCUGUGGUGGAAAAAUGUGGAUUUCAGCCCCGUGGAACAAACACUCAGGUGUACUCUAUCGAAAAUAGUGAUCAGUGCCUGAUUGGCACAGCUGAGAUUCCAGUAGGCGGUAUACAUAUGGACUCCAUUCUGUCUGAGUCUUCACUACCAUUGAAAUAUGUGGCUUUCUCCCAUUGCUUCCGAACUGAGGCUGGUGCUGCAGGAGCUGCAACUAGGGGACUUUAUCGAGUUCACCAGUUCAGCAAGGUGGAAAUGUUCAUACUAUGCCGACCAGAUGAAAGUGAUUCAUACCAUGAAGAACUCAUUGGAAUUGAAGAAGAGCUCUUCUCAUCGCUCGGAUUUCAUUUCAAGACACUGGACAUGGCAUCUGAGGAUCUAGGUGCACCUGCAUAUCGUAAAUUUGAUGUUGAGGCCUGGAUGCCAGGAUUGGGUCGUUAUGGUGAGAUAUCAAGUGCAUCAAAUUGUACAGAUUAUCAAAGCCGCCGGCUGGGAAUAAGAUAUCGUCCUGAAUCAUCAUCAUCAUCAUCAUCAAGUUCGAAAAAGGGCAAAAAUGCAGCUCCGACACAGUUUGUUCACACACUUAAUGCCACAGCAUGUGCAGUUCCCCGAAUGAUAGUUACCUUGCUCGAGAAUUUCCAGCAAGAAGAUGGCUCAGUUAUUAUACCAGAGCCGUUGAGACCAUUCAUGGGCGGACUUCAGAUUAUUAAACCAAAACAUAUACAGAACUGAAAUAGGAAGCACAUUUAAUAUUAGAUACUGUAUUUGCAUCAUAAUGUUUUUCAGCAUCAUUUUUUUGGAUAUUUUUCACCUUCAGUUCGGCAGCUGAUUGGACAGACAGUUGAGAUGAGUUUAGUAGAUAUAAAAGUUGAACAAUUAUUAUCACUGCAAAUAGCAGAAUUGACUAUUAUGUUCAGCUAUCUAGUUUGUACCUUGUAUAGGUAGUAACUGUAACCUACAAAUUAUAGUUCAGUUCAGUUCUGCUAUUCCUUUUAA